GAGCUUACGGACGAGGUAUAUUCUCAACUCAACGAUAUAGAUGCAGAUUGUUGGGCAAAGGUCUACUUUUUGGAGAAGCAUUGUCGGCUGACAGAAUUUAGCAUCAAAUCACCGUCACUUAUCAUUGAUGGGUAUCGAUUCCAGUACCCCGGCAGGCUUGGUUUUGGUAUUUUGAGAAACCCGCUACGAGACCAACAGACGGAAAAAGUGCGAGCACACAUAGGAAGAGGAGUGCAGCUGGAGGUUGAUCAGGAAGGCAAUGUUUGGGCAACUCGACUAGGGAAGAACGAAGUGUUUGUCAAGGGAUCUUUUGAACCGCAAGACCAUUGUCUGUCACCAGCACUCGUCGAGAAUAUGGGUCAUUUGGAAGUUAAUCAACCGUUAAAAGUAAUAUUAUAUUUUAAACAAAUCAUCAUUAAUUAUUAUUAACAAUAUUUAUA